CGUAACGAAGCACUGGGGCUUGGUCUUGAAGUUUUUCAGAUGCAUCUGUAGAUGAAUCAUAACAGCGUCAAGAUGUCGGGACGAUCAGGCCGUGCCGAGACCCGGAGCCGCGCUAAGGACGACAUCAAGAAGGUGCUGGCCGCCAUCGAGAAAGUGCGCAAAUGGGAGAAGAAAUGGGUAACGGUCGGAGACACGUCCUUACGCAUAUUCAAGUGGGUUCCAGUGACGGAAACCAAGCAGAUAUAUCGCACCAAAUCCACAGGUGGAGAGGUGGGGAGGGGACUGAAAGACGUGGUCCUGGAAAACACAAACUCCUUACUGGAUUUUACCGAUGAAAACAGCAACCAGAGCUUUCUGUCGGACGUGUACCAGCCCAAGAUGGACAACAGCAGCAGCACCUCCAGCUCGCAGCAGGUCAGCCCCCCACACACGUCCAGCCUCCGAGCUGAGGACUCUCAGCCACCGAUGCUGGGCCAGGAGAGUGUGGACGUACUGCCUCCAUGUCAAAGCAUCAAUGAGGAUAUACUCUUUGUGACUUCAGAGCCGGUUCACCCAGGACAGGAGUUGGCUGACGAGCCUCCUACUCUCACCAAGGAGGACCUUCUUUCAUCGGGCGGUGUCAGACGGAGCAACCAAGACACACAGGAGGAGCGGGAUGAUUCAGGGGCGCCUCCUUUAAAGAAGAUCUGCACAGGAGAAAACACUGUUCUCAGAUAGCUCAUUUAUUACUCAUUUUCUCAAAGUGGACACAAAGUCUUCGUGCAGACCUGUCGUCAGUUGUUGUCAGAUACGCGUUCAAAAUCAUUCAGAGGUUCUCUUGACUUAUUUUACCCAAAUUUUAUUCAUUUCAUUUCAGCAUAUUACUAAAAGUUAUUUACGGCAGAAUCUUUGCAUACUUUUAAACGACGUUAAAGUUUUGCUUUGUUAAGCUUUUUUCUGAAGGAAUGGAGAGGAUUUUCAAACUUUAAAUGUCUGGAAAAAGACUUUCCCUCAUUUACUCUUUAUGCAGUUGACUGUUAUUUUUGCAUGUUUCCGUGUCUUAUUGCAUUAGUUUUCUUUUGGAGAUUUAUAUGCCAUUUUGGUAAUAUUUCAAAUGCGUAGCUUUACGCAGAUGGAUGUUUAGAUGUGCCAUUAUUAUAUUAAACAUGAUGUCCUUUUGAAAACAGCUCCUCUUUUGGCUUAUCACUUGCAAGAAUAAAAGCUUUUUUUGAAAUAUUUAUAUUAUAAUUUGCCCAUGUUUAUAACUGAAGGUGUUUUGUAAACCAUAAUAAAUGCUACUUUCCAUGUCAAUUCA